AAUUGUCCAGACACAAGAGGACCAAACCCACGAAGCACAACACAAGAGGGUACCCUUCCUCCUCAUCCCUCCUCAAACCACCAACAAAGAAGAACCCUCCCUUCCUUCAGCGACCCUUCCCUCCUCAUCGCUGCGCCCACCGGCGACGAGCUUCAGCCAUGGCAAUGGCUUACAAGAUGGCGACUCAGGGGAUGAACAUCAAGGACGAGUGCAAGAGCUGGUUCACGGAGAUGAAGUGGAAGAAGGUCCACCGUUUCGUGGUGUACAAGAUCGACGAGAAGACCCGCGCCGUGCUGGUGGACAAGGUGGGCGGCCCCGGCGAGGGGUACGAGCAGCUCGUGGCGGCGCUGCCCAAGGACGACUGCCGCUACGCCGUCUUCGACUUCGACUUCGUCUCCGUCGACAACUGCCAGAAGAGCAAGAUCUUCUUCAUCGCCUGGUCACCGGCGGCAUCGAGGAUAAGGGCCAAGAUUCUGUACGCGACGUCGAAGCAAGCCCUGCGGCGGGUGCUGGAAGGCGUCCACUACGAGGUUCAGGCCACCGACGCCUCCGAGAUGGGAUUCGACGUCAUCAGAGAGCGGGCGCAAUGAGCUGCCUGUUCGUUCGUGCGCCGAAGAGUUGAGCGAGUGAGCUUUAUCUGUCUGUCGAUCGCCGCUGUACCUAUAAUCGAACGGAUGCUAAUUGGGGCUGGCGUGCGUGCUCUGCUAUUGCUAGCUACCCCUGAUGCGAUCUGACGAAUCUGCCAUUUCUACGUGUUGCUUGGUAUUUGGAGAGAUGGCGCCUUACGUGUGGUGUGAUGAAUGAAUGUAUAGGAGCUCUGAGGGAGUGGCAGCGGAUUAAUGAAGCGUCCAUCUCUGCGUGCGACGUAGAAAUUCUACUGAUACUGAUGAUGCUCCGGUUAAAA